AUGGAGCCCCUGGGGUUGGGGCCGGAGGGGGCCGUGCCCUCGCAGCCAGCCCCGCAGCCCAUCCGCUUCGGGAUCGACCAGAUCCUGGGCGGUCAGCCGCCGCCCCAGCUCCACCCGGCCGCUUGCCUGGCUGCCGUCGGGGAGCAGCGGGGCGACGCGGACAUGGCGCUUUUCGGCGGCGCCUACGGAGCGGACUACAGCCCGGCCUGUUCCCGGGGGGGCUACGGGCUCCCCGGGGGCCCCGCGGGCAGCGGCGGGGUGAUCCGAGUCCCCGCUCAUCGGCCCGUGGCCCAAGCAGCCCUCCAGCCGCCGCCGGGGGGAGCCGGCCUCGCCUUUCCCUGGAUGGAGAGCGGCAGCCGGCUGGCCAAGGAGCGCCUGGCAGCCGCGCUGCCGUCCUUGGCGGGGGCCCGUCGGGUGGGCCACCCCUACCAGAACCGCACGCCGCCCAAGCGCAAGAAGCCGCGCACGUCCUUCUCGCGGGCGCAGAUCUGCGAGCUGGAGCGGCGCUUCCACCGGCAGAAGUACCUGGCCUCGGCCGAGAGGGCGUCGCUGGCCAAGGCCCUACAGAUGACCGACGCCCAAGUCAAGACCUGGUUCCAGAACCGCCGCACCAAGUGGCGGCGGCAGACGGCGGAGGAGCGCGAAGCGGAGCGCCAGCAGGCCGGCCGCCUGAUGCUGCAGCUCCAUCAGGGGGCCUUCCAGAAGCGGCUGGGGGCGCCGCCGCCGCCGCCGCCGCCACGCCAGCAGCACGACCCGCUCUGCCUGCACAACGCCUCGCUCUACGCCCUGCAGAACCUGCAGCCCUGGGCCGAGAACCACCAGGUCGCCUCCGUCUCCGGGGCCGCCGCCCUGGUGUGA